CAUUGCAUUUUCUCUGGAAGUCCUUGCCCUGUGACAUCAGUUCCGAUAGCGGGAGCCUGCCCUGGGUGGAGUUUUUCCUCAGUUGCUGAUCAAGAAUCAAGACAGUGACAUUUGAGAGGAAGAGGCAGUAAAGUGUAUUUCUUAGUAGCUAAUAGGGAGAGGGGAAAGUAAGCAUGACUUCAAACUCGAACCUGUCGAGCUUGCAGCGGACGGUGGAGCAGCUGAAGUUUGAGGCGGGAAUCGAGAGGAUUAAAGUUUCACAGGCUGCCACUGAACUCCAGCAGUAUUGCAUCCAAAAUGCCUGCAAAGAUGCGUUGUUGGUGGGAUUACCUGCAGGAAGCAACCCCUUCAGAGAACCUAGGUCCUGCUCCCUUCUCUAAUACCAGCCGUACCAGGAUGUUGGCCAAAUUUGAGAGAAACUUGACGACAAUUAACGCUGCCUUGAUAUGAAGAACAUUUUUCUGACACUGUCACUUUUCUUUUUAGCCAAAACAAAUUUGUAUUUAUUAAUUUCUUUAUGAUAGUUUCUCCCAGCUUGACUGUAUGCUUCCUUUGGACAACAGGUUUGUGAUGAAUAUUGUAACUGGGUUAUGACCAGAGGACAGAAGUACUUAAAAAUACUUCCCUGUUAAUUAGCAGUAUCUUUCCAAUGUUCCUGGAGCAAUAUGCUCUUGUAAUUUCUUGGGAGUUUGUUGUAACCUGAAACAAAACAAAGAAAAUGCAUGCAUUUAACAUUUUCAAGGUUAUUUCUAUUACACAGAGUUAAAAUUAUGUUUCCAGUGCCUAGUGUUUUGGCGAGGGGGAAGAUGUUAACACAAUGGAAGUUUCAGCCAGUGCUUAUUUUGAGUUUCCAUACUGAAUUUUUAUUGAUAAAGUAAUUUUCAAGAUCCAGUGUUAACUUUACAAUAUUUUUGUAUAUAUCUGCAAUGGUCACCUUUUAAAAAGUUUGUUUCUGUAAGGAAAGGUGGCGCUAUCCUUGAAUGGCUCCCUGUUCUUUUGACAGUGAAGCACUGUUGAUGAUUACAUUUGUAUAUUUUCCCCUGCUUCAUUUUACUGUAAUGGAACGAAAGUAGUAGUUCACAAGCUCAGCUUCAUAGUAUUUAUUUUAUGUUUCACCAAAAGUAAGAAAAGUGUAAUUUUACAUUUAAAAAAUCAUGCAAAAUACUCAAAUCGUCCUCAAAAAUAGUAAGCGAAUGCUGAAAAAGUAACUGCCACUAUUUCUUCUGAUUGCUUGUAAGAUUAAAUAUUGUAUAGCACACCUGGAUGGUUUAAUUAAAUAUAUUAAAAUGUACAUUUUGAAAAUGUCUAUCCUGUUUGUAUAGAUUAAAUGGCAGAAAAGUAAAGUUUGGCUAUAAAGUUCUGAAAUCUGUUUUGAA